GCUCUACUUUCAGGAGGCUUGGAAAACCUAACCUCGAAGACACGCUGCCUACUGCUGCUACCUGCUACCACGCACCUCCCGUUGGUUUCUGUUUGCAUUCAAAGUAGCAAGCUCUAAAAUGAAGAAGAAGGCCAGUAAAGUUGUGAAGAAUGCAACAGCGAAAUCAAAAAAACUGAAAGAUAUGUCAGUUGACGACUUCAUGCAGAGUUUCGGAGAGGGUGCGAGUGAUAGCGGUUCAGAAGAUGAACAGGACCAUGCGCCUCAGCCCCAAGCUCAAGGCAAGUCCAAGUCAGUGAAUGGCGUCAACGGGAAUCACGCUCAAAGCAGUGACGAGGACGAAAACGACGAUUCAGCUGAAGAGGAGGAUGCUGGUGAUGGGGAGUCUGGAGAAGACGAAGAGCUUGAUGGAGAAGAGGAAUCUGGAGAUGACGAGGAACUUGACGAAGAAGAAGUAUCUGGAGAAGACGAAGAGCUCGAUGGGGAAGAAGAUUCUGGAGAUGACGAAGGAGAGGAGAAUGAUUCUGGUGGAGAGGAUGAUGAGGAGGAUGCUGCGGACUCUGAAGCCGACUCUGGAGAUGAGAUGAUGGUUGGUUCAAAGCACAAAAAGUCACUGAAUAAGUUAAAGGAUCUGGACCCAGAGUUUUAUAAAUAUCUACAAGAAAAUGAUAAGAAGCUGCUUCAGUUCAAUGCAUCCGAUAGUGAAUCCGAAAGUGAAGCAGAUGGAGAUGAACAGGUUCACCGCCCUGGAAAAUUAGAUAGUGAUGAGAGUGAUUUUGAAGGAGGAGAUGAUGAUGAUGAUGAAGACGAUGACGACAGCUCGCCUAAGAAGAGAAGCGGUACUGUUACACUUAAGAUGGUGGAAAAAUGGCGUGCUAGCCUGCAGUCAGAGAAAAGUGUGCAAACUAUCAGCGAUGCUGUGGAAGCUUUCCAUGCUGCUUUAAUGCGAGUAGCCCCUGAAGACGAGCGAUCUGCUUGUGCUUAUAAAGUUGACGGCAGUGCUGUCUUUAAUGCUGUUGUUCAGAUGUGUGUGCUAGACUUGCUACCAGCUCUUCGCAGAUAUCUAAAUCUGAGUGAAGUUUCACUCAAUUUCACUAACCCAGCCAAAUGCAAGCGUUGGUCUAAAGUCAAAACACUUUUAAGAUCUUAUGUAACUGAUUUACUCCAACUACUUCAGGGUGUUGCAUCAGUGAAUAUUUCUACAGUGGUCUUAAAGCAUUUGCACCAGAUGACUCCAUUUGUUGUUUGCUUUUCUGUUGUGACCAAACAAUUUGUGAAAAGGAUGAUCAAUUUAUGGUCAACAGGUGAAGAAACUGUCAGAGUUGUUGCUUUCAUGUGUCUUUUGAGAGCUACAUCCCUCCAGAAGAAUACAUUACUGGAUCAAACUCUACGUCACAUGUAUUUAGCAUAUGUUCAAAAUACUAAAUUCAUCUCUCCAAACACUCUCCCUGGAAUCAGUUUCAUGAGAAGAUCUCUUGCAGAAAUGUUCCUUCUGGAUGAAAAUGUCUCAUAUCAACAUGCAUUCAUGUACAUUCGACAGCUAGCUAUUCACCUGCGGAAUGCAAUCACAUUACAAAAGAAAGAAGCCACUCAGUCAGUUAAUAACUGGCAAUUCUUUUCAUCCUUAGCUCUAUGGGUAGAAGUGCUUGGGGCUUCAAAUAAGACUGCUCUCCAGCCUCUCCUUUAUCCAGUGGUGCAAAUCAUAGUUGGCGCUAUCAAGCUUACUCCAACAGCUCAGUAUUUCCCUCAGCGUUUUCAUGCUGUACGCCUUCUGGUCAACCUCUCCAAGAGUACUGGAAUCUUCAUCCCAGUACUACCUUUCUUGCUUGAAAUCCUGAAUUCGUAUGACUUCAACAAGAAACACACCAAGGUUUCAAUGAAACCUCUGGAUUUCAGUUGCAUCCUCAGAGUUUCCAAAACACAGCAGCAGGAAAAUGGUUUCAAGGAUGCUGUGAUUGAAAACAUCUAUAGCUUAUUACUUGAAUCUCUCUCUAAUGAUUCACAAUCUGUAGCUUUUCCGGAUUUGGCUUUACCCACUAUUUUUCAGAUUAGAGAAUUCCAAAAAAAAUGUAAAGUAGCUAACUACACCAGAAAGUUUAGACAAAUUUUAGAAAAGAUUGAGGAAAAUUCCAAGUUUAUAGAAAUUGAGAGGAAAACAGCAGCCUUUAAACUCUCUGACACCAAGGCUAUUGAAGACUGGGAAACUGCAGUUAGGGUGAAGGGCACUCCCCUAGAGAAGUUCUGCACAUCGUGGAUGAAAAUGAAUGCUGCAAGGGAAGCAAAACUGAAGAAGGAUACCAUUGACAUCUCUGAGAACCUUCCCAAAAUUAACAGAAACUUGAAAAGGAAGAAGGGCAGUGCAGAGGGUCCUGUCACUCUGCUUCCGUCUGAUGAUUCGGACUCUGAUGGUGCUGACUUUGGUGAUGAUGACGACGAUGAUGAGGAGGUUGCUAAGAAACCCCGAGGCAAGCGUGGUAAGAAGACAUCAGCGGGAGCCAAGAAGAAAGUUAAGAUUUCUCACAGCCAGAAUGAUGAUGACGAUGGUGCUGCAGAUGUGGUGGAAGAUAUGAACCUUUCAGAGUGGUGAUUUGAUUAGUGUAAUAUCGAUAUUUGGCCUUUUGUGAAAGGUAUCAUUAAUGGUACUCUCUGUGUACAGUGUAUAUUGUUUUGUAACUUUAAGAUAAUAAUUACUCUUUUAGUGGAA